CUAUUUGCAACAAAGCAUUAUAAAGGUGCACCUAAAUAAUCGAUCUAUACACAGAUAGCAAAUAUGAUAAUAUGUCAUUUCCUUAAUUCGUAGGAACUGAAAUCACUGUCGCUUUAAUGAUAUUAGAUAGCGGCUAAGUACGUAAUCAAGUCGAUAAUGCAAUUAAAGAUUAUUUCUGAUAGGUAUUUUAUACAACCCUCCACUUAGUAUUACUGGCCGGUCUACUUUAAUGCAUUGACUGAUAAUUAUUAAAAUCUAUUGCUUAGUUCACAAAGUGUUCGAGUGAUUAUACUGUCAUGUUUAAUUAUAAUUUUAUACACAAUUCUUGUGGCAGUUAUCCAAAUUAAGUUUAAAAAGGGAAUUCCAAAAAGGAGAUGGCGAUGUCCUCCGGCCUGAGAGGGCGGAGAGACAGCGAUGAAGAUUCUGACGUGUACACUCCGCUCUUCGACGACUCCGAGGAAUUUGACCCGCAAACCGCACAAGAAGCGAAAGGAUGGGACCUGUUCCUCGAAAUCCCCAUAAGGAAGGAGAGCGGCUCCAUGGCCACAUCAGAAUGGAUAGACUUGAGCGUCAAGGUCCUGAAAGUGUUGGCGUACAUCGUCGUGUUUGCAGUGGUCCUCGGGGCGGCGGUUAUUGCGAAGGGCACGCUGCUUUUCAUCACGUCGCAGUUAAAAAAAGAUCGUCAGAUAACGCAUUGUAACAAAGCGUUGGCUUUGGAUCAACAGUUUAUAACAGUUUUGCCAUUAGAAGAACGAAUAUCAUGGCUGUGGGCUAUAUUUAUCGUAUUUGCCGCCCCCGAAGUUGGGACCUUCUUAAGAUCAGUUAGGAUUUGCUUCUUCAAAACUACCCCCAAACCGACUAGAAUGCUGUUUUUUGUGGCCUUCUUCGUGGAAACGCUUCACACCUUAGGCGUAGCUCUCUUUCUUCUUCUUAUUCUACCAGAGUUAGAUGUAGUGAAGGGCGCCAUGCUAAUGAACGCCCUAUGCUUCGUGCCUGGAGUCCUAAACGCCAUUACCAGAGAUCGUACCGACCCUCGGUACCCUACGAAGAUAGUUCUGGACGUGUUGGCUGUGUCGGCACAAGUGACAUCCUUCGUCGUGUGGCCUCUCUUAGAUGGGACGACGGUUUUGUGGUUGAUUCCUGUAGUCGCUGUUUUCAUAUCUCUUGGAUGGUGGGAAAAUUAUGUUAAUGCCGACUUUAAAACUUCGACGGCAUCGGUUCUUUAUCUAAAUACACUGCGUGAGGGCAUCAAGAAAUCGCGUUAUUACAUGCAAAGGGUUCUUUCUUUGGUGAAGAUCGUCGUGUUCAUGUUCUGUAUCAUGAUAUACUUGCACGUUAAUGACGAUGAUCCGGCGGCGUUCUUUACGUCAGUAGGCGAUGCUUUUGGAGAACGAUUUUAUACUGCUUACGAGGUCCAAGUGUUAAUAAUAGACACCAUGCAAGACAUAUCGAACUACGAUGUAACCGGCGGCAGUAUAGAGCUGCCAGUAUACUGGCCAGCUGCCUUAUGGGUCGCUUUCAUACAAGUAGCAAGUGCAUAUGUCUGCUUCGGCAGCGCAAAGUUCGCUUGCAAGAUUCUCAUACAAAACUUCAGUUUCACAUUUGCUCUGAGUCUGGUCGGCCCGCUGACGAUAAAUCUGUUGAUUGUGUUUUGCGGACUUAGGAAUGCCAAUCCUUGUGCGUUCCGUAACACGAUACCGGACUAUCUGUUCUUCGAAAUACCUCCAGUAUAUUUCCUAAGAGAAUACGUGGGCCGCGAAAUGGCCUGGGUGUGGUUAUUAUGGCUCAUGUCUCAGGCAUGGAUCACACAGCACGCAUGGCUGCCGCGCUGCGAGAGGCUCGCCGCCACCGACAAACUAUUCGCCAAGCCUUGGUAUAGUGGACCACUUAUAGACCAAUGUCUACUGCUAAAUAGGACGAAAGAUUCCGACGUUGAUGUUGACCAUGACGAAUUUAAAGACGAAGAUGAAUCAAUGGCAAGCUCCAAUCAAGACGCGUACGAUGCCCAUCCAUCAGAUAAUAUAACCAGAAUAUACAUUUGCGCGACUAUGUGGCACGAAACAAAAGAUGAAAUGAUUGAGUUCUUGAAGUCCAUCUGCCGCUUAGAUGCGCACCAGUGUGGAAAACGUAUAGAAAGGAAAUAUUUCAAUAUUAUGUCACCAGAUUAUUAUGAGCUUGAGGCGCACAUAUUCAUGGACGAUGCUUUUGAAGUAUCAGAUCACAGCAGCGAGGAAUCCCAAGUGAACCGUUUCGUAAAAUGCUUAGUAGAUACUAUGGACGAGGCAGCAUCAGAGGUCCAUGCAGCCAAUAUCCGACUGAGGGCACCCAAAAAGUACCCAACCCCUUACGGGGGCAGAUUUGUGUGGAUACUACCCGGGAAAAACAAGUUGGUUUGCCAUCUGAAGGAUAAAGCCAAAAUAAGACACAGAAAACGGUGGUCUCAAGUCAUGUAUAUGUACUAUUUCCUUGGCCACCGCUUGAUGGAUCUACAAAUAUCAGUGGAGCGUAAAGAAAAAAUGGCUGAACACACCUAUCUUUUGGCUCUUGACGGUGAUAUUGAUUUCCAACCUUCUGCAGUGACUUUGCUCAUAGAUUUGAUGAAGAAAGAUAAGAAUUUGGGAGCAGCUUGCGGACGCAUUCAUCCGGUUGGAUCAGGUUUCAUGGCAUGGUAUCAGAUGUUCGAGUACGCCGUCGGCCAUUGGCUGCAGAAGGCGACGGAGCACAUGGUCGGAUGCGUACUCUGUAGCCCCGGCUGCUUCUCGCUCUUCAGAGGCAAGGCUCUCAUGGACGACAACGUUAUGAAGAAAUACACGCUCACGUCACACGAGGCGAGGCAUUAUGUGCAAUAUGAUCAAGGCGAAGAUCGGUGGCUUUGCACACUACUCCUGCAACGCGGGUACCGCGUCGAGUACUCGGCCGCGUCCGAUGCGUACACGCACUGUCCCGAGUCGUUCGGCGAGUUUUACAACCAGCGCCGACGCUGGGUGCCCUCUACUAUGGCUAACAUACUUGAUCUGCUGGGUGACGCCAAGCAAAUCGUCAAAUCUAACGAUAACAUUUCGACACUCUAUAUCAGUUAUCAGAUGUUGUUGAUGGUGGGUACGGUCCUGGGCCCCGGGACUAUCUUCCUCAUGAUGAUCGGUGCCAUGAACGCCAUUACAGCGAUCAGCAAUGUCAACGCGCUCAUAUUGAACUUGAUACCCGUAGUUUUGUUCAUCGCCGUCUGCAUGACUUGCAAGUCUGAAACACAGCUAAUGUUCGCAUCGGCCAUAACCUGUGUAUACGCCAUGAUAAUGAUGAUGGUCGUAGUCGGCAUAGCUCUCCAAAUAGUGGAGGACGGUUGGCUAGCUCCUUCCAGCAUCUUCACUGUAGUAACUUUCGGCAUUUUCUUCAUAACGGCCGCCCUGCACCCUCAAGAGAUCAUAUGUUUAUUGUACCUGGUUGUGUAUUACAUCACGAUCCCUAGCAUGUACAUGCUGCUGAUUAUAUACUCGUUAUGCAAUUUAAACAACGUCUCGUGGGGUACUCGAGAAGUGGCGCAAAAGAAAACUUUAAAGGAAAUCGAGCAAGAGAAAAAAGACGCCGAAGAAGCCCAAAAGAAAAUGGACACUCAAAGUGUAAAAAAAUUGUUUGGUAACUCUGAGGACGACAGCGGCUCCAUGGAGUUGAGUGUCGCGGGCCUGUUCAAGUGCAUGUGCUGCACUAACCCUAAGGACCAUAAAGAAGACUUGCAUUUGCUGAAAAUCUCUCAUGAGCUGGAGAAGAUUGGGAAGAAAUUGGACUCUCUCGGCGCCGUCACCGAAGCCCCCGAGGCGCCGAGGCGACGGUCCACCCUACGUUUGCGGGAGACACAUGGUUUAUUGGAUGAAUAUGUAGAAGAGGACGACCUGUCUGCUGACACACCCAGGGAAGAGAGAGAUGACCUGGUCAACCCUUACUGGGUGGAGGACCCGGACGUAAAGAAGGGAGAAGUGGACUUCCUCAGUACAGCUGAGAACCAUUUCUGGAAGGACCUCAUCGACACAUACUUGAGGCCUCUUGACGAAAAUAAGGAAGAACAAGCUCGUAUUGCAAAGGAUUUAAAAGACCUCCGCGACAAAAUGGUGUUCGCGUUCGUGAUGCUGAACGCGCUGUUCGUUGUGGUCAUCUUCCUGAUGCAGCUCAACCAGGACCAGCUGCAUUUCCAGUGGCCUUUCGGACAAAAAGUUGAAAUUGCGUAUGACGACGAAUCCAAUAUAGUUCAAAUCGAACGAGAUUAUUUGAUGCUUGAGCCGAUCGGUUCAUUGUUCCUCGUGUUCUUCGGCUCUGUAAUGAUGAUCCAGUUCACCGCAAUGCUUUUCCACCGAAUGGGAACUUUGACGCAUCUCUUGUCUACUGUCAAAUUGGACUGGUAUUGCACUAAGUCGCCCAACGACACAAGCCAGCAAGCCAUUUUAGAGACCCAAGCAUUUGCAAUUAUCAAAGAGUUGCUCAACAACCAGAAGAUAACCGACGACCCAGUCGCAGACGACGGUAUAGACGCCACACACGUCACUAGAAGAAAUACCAUCAAGAAUCUGGAGCGGCGGCGGACGUUGAAGCCGAAUGAAGUUAACCUGGAGGCCAACUUUGAGAAGAGGCUCUCUUCUGUUAUACAGAAUCCGAAAUCGGAGAUCCUCGCCCGGCUGCCAUCCCUGGGCGGCACCGAGGCCGCGCGGCGGCUGACGCUGCGCGCGCUGCAGGCGCGCCGCGACUCCGUGCUGCAGGAGCGGCGCCUGUCGCAGGGGCAGCCCUGCAACCAGACCAUCCCGCUCCGCCAAGACCUGGGCCGGCCGUCGGCUUCAGGCCCAUACGUGAACCGCAGCUACGAACCGGCUUUCGAUAGCGACAACGACUCGCCGCUCCCGCCGCGACGCAGCACCGUCAGGUUCCGAGACCCUAACCCUAUGUAACACUGUAGGUACUUAUUACUUA